UGUGUUUCUAUAUAUGUGUCGCUCUAAAAUAUCUAAUUAACGAGGCUUGCCACCUUCUAUAUUCUAAUCAAAGAGUGUUGAUAGGGCAAUUAUUCAAAGUCUCUUGAAUAAAGAGUUUAGAGAUAGUACAAAAUGUAACUGUAUACUAUGAAUACUAUUUUAGUCAACAGAUCCUGCCGUGGCCAUCUUCCUUUGCUUCUUUAUGAAUUCAAUGAAGGGUUUCCAUUCUUCUUGAAGUUUCUGUGUAUUUGUUUGUUGUGCAGCUGAAGUUAGUUUGUCCUUUUUGGCCAUUUCGAAACCUUUUGUCAUCCAGUUUUCUGGUGUUGGCAUGUCUUCUUGUUUCCAUAGUUUUGCGUAUUCAGUUCUUGCUUCUGUUGUCAUAUAAAGAAAGAGUCUUUCUUGAUGUUUCCCGGUAGAAAAGGUUCUGGUCUUAAUAGGAUUUUUUACUCUAGAAUAGUUUCCAUGUCUCUGUGGAUUUUUAUUCAGAAUUUCGUUAGCUUUUGGGCAAGUCCCAACAUGUGUGUGUGUGUCUGUAUUUGAGAGUUUUUCUGGAGUUUUGUACCAUCUAUGUAUCAUUUUGUUGAAAUUUUAUUUAAUUGUGUGACUCCUUGUAAAUUUUAGUCAUUUUUACUAGAGCUCUUCCCAUUCUCAUGGAGUUAUUGCUUAGCCUAGAGUUUUCACCCACUGAAUCAUAGGUUCUUUUAUUUCUUCAUCAAUUGUAAAAUCUUUCAGAAGAAAUUGAUGUAGCUUCCCAAUUGGCUUGUCUUUUGUCUGUAGCAGUUGGUUCUGCUGAUUCUCCAAUUCUUGUCUACCCAUUUUGUUGUCUAGACGGAGUCUCUCUUGGAGUCGAUUAUAAUGGAACCAUGUCAUUGUUGAGUCUUCUUUUUGUUCAUUUAUUACAAAUGAACAAAAUUACAAUAUUACAACAUUUCUACCCCGCCCUUCUCACCCAUCAAGGGGACUCAGGGCGGAUUACAAUAUAAAACACAUAUAUCAAACAAUUACAAUCACAUUUCAAAAUUCCAUUUAAAUUAAAUUACAUUCAAACCUUCAUAAAUAUACAUAUAAAUAAACAUUCAAGGUGCAUUUCAAGUACAAACCGGGUCUGUCAUUAUACCUUGGAUCAUACAGUUGUCAUUUCUGCUGCUAGUAUUGCUCAAAAGCCUGGUCCCAUAACCUUUCUGCCUUUCUUUCACAGAGGAAAUGUGAUUUUUGGCUGAGAAUUUUGGUGUAGAGCCUGUGGAGGGAUUUCUUUCCCUUGAAAGAAAGAAGAGGGAGGAAAAGCAUCUUGGGUACGGUUGGGUUCUUCACCAGAGUGGUUCCAACAUGGAGAGACCCAACUCACGUGGGCCUGAAGCAGGACCUGGGGGCAGUGGGGAAUCCUGGGAAAGAACCAGACAUGAGUCCCUGAGUGUGGACCUUGACAGCUCGGACACACAGCGCCAGCGCUUCAGGCAGUCCUCCUACCAAGAGGGUGAAGGACCCCGAGGGGUUUGCAGUCGUCUCCACGAUCUGUGCCGCCAGUGGCUGAAGCCAGAGCAGCACACCAAGGCCGAGGUGCUGGACCUGGUGACCCUGGAGCAGUUCCUGAGCAUCCUGCCCCCAGAGAUGGGGAGCUGGGUCCGAGAGUGUGGGGCAGAGACCUGUUCCCAGGCGGUGGCCCUGGCGGAAGGCUUCCUCCUGAGUCGGGCCGAGGACAAGGAGCAGGAAGGACAGGCCCCUAAUAAUAACUCCAUGGAAGUCCCUGCACCAGAGGAAUCUCCACCAGACACCACCCAGAGUCUCAGGCAGAAGGAGCUGAAGCGGGAAAGAGACGGGGCUGCUGCCUUGCAGGGGUCUGGAAUGAUGCUGUGGCCGAAUCCUCAGCCGUUUCUCCCCCUUUGCGAUGGAGUGGGACUGAGUCAGGUAAGCAGGAGGAUUCCUGGGAGAGGAGGGCUGGGCCUGCCGGGGUGCCUUUGGUUCCAGGAUUAAUGGCCAAAUAUCUAUUGAAACUGACAAGAUUGAAUGUGUUUCCUUAGAAGUGAAAUCUUGGAGUGAAAUACAAGGAGGGAAAAAAUGAAGAGAGAAUUAAAGAAACCAGAAUGGAUGUUCAAAGAAAUUUCAACGGAGCUAAGAUUGAAAAAGGACAUGUACAGGAAAUGGAAAGGGGGAAGAGUCACCAAGGAAUGUAAACGACUAACCUGCAUAAGUUGGGAAAAGGUCUAACAAUCUAAAUUAGAAAAUGAGGUCAGAAGAAGAAAUGAGCCAAGAGUAGGGUCUGUGCCUGGAGAAGGUGGUGAAAUGCUAACCAGGGAUAGGGAAGAGGUAGAACAUGGCCUCAGUCUUCUCCCAAAAGGAAAUGGGUAUUCUUCCUGAGCAAGAUGGAGCAACUGGGGAAAUGCAACCCCAAAUAGGUAAAGAAGUGGCCCAGGAAUACCUGGCCACUCUCGAUGAAUCCAAGUCUCCAGGGCCAGGUGAACUACACCCAAGAGAAUUGAACUAAGAGUAGUAAUCCCAGAACCACUGUCAAUCCUCUUUCUUCAUUUUUGGGAACAGGAGAAGUCCCAGCAGGGUGGAGGAGGCAAAGGUUGUCUCUAUCUCCAAGAAUGGACCAAAAAGAGGUCCCCUAACAAUGACCAUCCAGUUAUGUUGACCUGGCCCAUAAGCAGUUGCAGCAGCUGUUUAGACUCUCAAAUUUUUAUAAGGAGGAGAUCGUUUGAUGUGGAUUGAUAAUCGUUAUAGAGGGAGCAGAUCUGUUUGUUUGCUAUUAUGCACUCUUUAUCGAACCAAUUUUUGGAUCUGACCCUGGGUUGCCUCAGCAUUCUUUGCCAAUCGUAUCAUUUUUAAAAGAAAGGUUUUAUAAGGGAUUCA